ACCCAGUCAUCCUGACCCGAUUUCAUUCUCCCACUUUGAAUUCGUCACCUCGUCCCUCAAACCCUGCCAAAGAUUUUUCAAGAUGCCCUCUACUGCCCAAAGUCGACCGGACACGACAGCCGUUCCCUACCAGGGAGAGCCCCUCCCAAAUGUUCCACAAGAUCUGGUCAUACCCAAUGUCCUCAGCUUGGAUUUUGACGAAAUCCAAUGGGUUCCUCAAGGUCCAAAUGUCUGGUUUCGUCCUCUUGUCUUUUCAGUUUCACAGGGUUACUUUGUCAAUCUCCUCCGCGUCCGCAAGUCGGGUAUCCUAUCCCGCCACCGACACACUGGUCCAGUCCAUGCCACGACACUGCGUGGCAGAUGGCACUAUCUCGAACAUGCCUGGUGGGCAACAGAGGGGAGCCACGCUUACGAGCCUCCCGGCGAUAUCCAUACGCUCGAGGUGCCGGAUGAUGUCCAGGAGAUGGUCACUCUUUUUCAUGUUACCGGUGCCUACAUUUACGUCGAUCCGGAGGGAAAUCCGCUUGGUGUGGAAGAUGUUUUCUCCAAACUUGCGAGUGCGCGAGCUCAUUAUGAAAGUGUGGGACUUGGGGCUGGCUAUGCAGAUCGGUUCAUUCGAUAGUCCGUUGGUUAUGCUUGUGGAAGCGUUAUAAGCGCUGGUUUGUCUGGCUUUUGUACAG